AUGAACGCUGCCACAGAAGGCGACAAAGCUGCUGCUGCUUCCGACUGGCCCAGCGCCAUAAAGCACUACACUAGGGCUCUGAUAGAACUGCCUCGCGCCCCAAGUUAUUAUAUCAAGCGAUCAACCGCCUACUCUCGCCGCAAAGCUUCGGAUGGCGGGCCCGAUUUCCAAGCUGCGCUUCGCGAUGUCGAACUCGCCCUGGCUUUAGCUCGCGAACGAGCUAAAAGGGAGCUCAUCGUUGAGGCCCAGCUGCGCCGCGCGAUUGUCUUGUUUCAGUUAGAAAGAUACGGCGAUGCAGGAUACCUAUUUGAUCUUCUUGAGGAGAAGAUGGGAAUCAAUAAGGGGGUUGUCGACAAAUCCACACAAGUGCAGGCUGCCAUGUCACAGAAAGGGUCGCAGAAACAGGAGAAUGAGUUAUUAAUCUGGAAGAUCAAAACUAAAGGAAAAAUCAGCAAGCUGGGAAACGGCGAUGAUAAAUUAGCUGUGUCGAUACAAGAGUACCCGGCCACCAAAAUCCCGUCGGAGCAGGAGCUUAGGAAACAUCUCCAAACGCAACUAGGACAAUCAACGAAGGCCACGGAAGGGAACGGCGGCGAGAUGUCAGAUGCGGAUAAGACUAAUGAGAGCAAGUUGGACGUUUCAAGUUCUAGCUCCGCUGCGCCAUUCACAGCUGGACCAGGUGCACCUGCUGCCCCCGUUCCUGCAGCAGCACCAACGAAAAUCCGACACGAAUGGUAUCAGUCCCAGGACUCUGUUGUCCUAACGGUCUAUGCCAAAAAUGUUAACAAGGCUCAGCUGGAAGCUGAUCUUCAAGAGAACUCUCUCUCGAUUGAGUUUCCUUUACCUUCUGGUUCAACCUUCUCGUUCAAUCUAGAUCCGUUGUAUGCUCCAAUCGAUACAACCCAGUCUAAGGUCAAUGUUCUAUCCACGAAGAUUGAGAUCACCCUUCGCAAAAGAACACCAGGACAGAAGUGGGGAGCACUGGAAGGCUCAGAGAUAGCCCCUCAUCUAUCUGAUCCUGCCACAGUUAUUAACAAACCUGCCUCAACCCCAGUUACCCAACCUACACAAGCCACGGCUGGUCCCGCAUAUCCAACAUCAUCCAAACACGGAGUGAAGAACUGGGACAAACUAGCAGACGACUUGACCGCAAAGAAGAAGAAGAAGGCCGACAAGACUGCUGAGGCCAAAAAGGACGUCGGGGAGAAAGAAGACGCCGAAUCAGAUGCGGAGUCCAUUGAUUCAGAAUAUGGCGGAGGCGACGCGGUUGACUCAUUUUUCAAAAAGCUCUACGCAAAUUCAGACCCAGACACUCGCCGUGCUAUGAUGAAGAGCUACUAUGAGAGUCAGGGAACUUCUUUAAGUACGAAUUGGGAUGAGGUCGGCAAGGGAAAAGUUGCUGUUCAUCCUCCGUCCAGCGAUUAG